CUCCUCAGUUCCUCUCUCCAAACUCGUGAAAAAUAUUCACGUUCUCGUAUGUCUCAGAGAUCCUGCGUGCCUCACUCUUCUUCACUCGUUUUUACGCUCCAUUCUCAUCUCCUGGUCUCCAGUGAGCUGAACCCUGAUUCCUACUGGUCUUAGACUGUCGUUUCUUGUUUCCCUUUUUCUCAAGCCGAAGGCUUAUACCCAUUUUUGAUCUUUAUAACCCACUUCGUUUUUUCGAUAAGAAACAAAAGAUUCUGAUAUGGGACUCAAGGGUUUCGUUGAAGGCGGCAUUGCUUCCAUUGUGGCUGGAUGCUCCACCCACCCACUCGAUCUCAUUAAGGUCCGUAUGCAGCUACAGGGUGAAUCCCAUGUUCCCAACCAAGCCAUUCACAAUCUGAGGCCCGCUCUCGCUUUCAACUCCGCUUCUGCCACCAUGGUCGGAGCUCCGUCUACGGUUCACAUCCCGCCGCCUCCUCGGGUGGGUCCCGUGUCCGUGGGGAUUAAGAUCGUCCAGGCCGAAGGAGUCUCCGCCCUCUUCUCCGGCGUGUCGGCCACCGUGCUGCGACAGACGCUCUACUCCACCACUCGCAUGGGUCUAUACGACGUUCUCAAGCAAAAAUGGUCCGAUCCAGAUUCAGGCAACAUGCCCCUCGUGCGCAAGAUAGCAGCGGGGCUAGUCGCAGGUGGCAUCGGCGCCGCCGUCGGCAACCCGGCCGACGUCGCCAUGGUCCGUAUGCAAGCUGACGGUCGCCUGCCGGUAACCCAGCGUCGAAACUACCAGGGCGUGAUUGACGCCAUAACGCGGAUGUCGAAGCAGGAGGGGAUCGCCAGUCUGUGGCGAGGGUCGGCACUGACGGUGAACCGCGCGAUGAUCGUGACGGCAUCGCAACUAGCAUCGUACGACCAGAUAAAGGAGACAAUAUUGGAGAAGGGUGUGAUGAAAGAUGGGUUGGGAACCCACGUGACGGCUAGCUUUGCGGCGGGUUUUGUGGCAGCAGUGGCGUCGAACCCAGUGGAUGUAAUAAAGACGAGGGUGAUGAACAUGAAGGUUGAGCCCGGAACGGCUCCCCCUUAUACCGGAGCGCUAGAUUGCGCAAUGAAGACAGUGCGUGCUGAAGGACCCAUGGCCCUUUACAAGGGCUUCAUUCCUACUAUCUCGAGGCAGGGACCUUUCACUGUUGUGUUGUUUGUGACCCUUGAGCAGGUCAGGAAGAUUCUCAAGGACUUCUAACUCUGAUGAUGACGAACAAUUAUCACUCCCAAAUUACAACUACUUUUACGAUUUAUAUUUAAAAUUUUGUAUUUUUUUUUUAAUUUUUGGAAAUUGAGAGUUAGUAAUCUAAUAAUAUCAUCCACCUUCUUUGAAAAUCUA